UUGGCUGAAAUCUCUAAUUUUUGCCCAAUCCUCGGAUUAAAAAGCCAGAGUAAUUAGAUAGAUAUUGUCGUCGCUUCGGAACCCCUAAAACGCCGCUUUUACGGGAGAGAGAAAUCCAGUCACCGGAGCUCCGAUUACCGACAACAGGAGAUAUAAAAUGAACACCGACAUCACUGCAUCAACAAAGCCCGAAUUCAAAGUAGUCGAUCGGAACCCACCAUUCACCAAAGUCGUCGGAAACUUCAGCUCUCUCGAUUACCUCCGUUUCGUCACUAUUACCGGCGUUUCUGUCACCGUCGGAUACUUAUCCGGGAUUAAGCCUGGGAUUAAAGGUCCUUCAAUGGUGACGGGCGGGCUAAUCGGGGUGAUGGGAGGGUUCAUGUAUGCUUACCAGAAUUCUGCUGGCAGACUCAUGGGUUUCUUUCCUAACGAUGACGAGGUAGUUAAGUACAAGAAGAAGCUUAAUCAGUAAUUUUAUCUUAUGAAAUGGGAAAUUUGUGGAACAUUAAGUUCAGUUUUUAGAGGAUGUUUGCUUUUAUUUUUCCAUGAAAUCAAUCUCAAUAAUAUUUUUGUUGGGAAUAAAUUGAAAUAAUGCUCCCAAUUGUUAUCAUUCUGCAAACCCUUGUUCAUUUGAAUUAAUGCUGAGAUGGUUUGUUUAUCUUUA